AUGAAAAUGAUGAAAACUCGAUAAGCCGAAGAACCAGAGCUGCAAACAAAAAGGGACAUGGAAGAAAGAACAGUCACUAUAGAAAUCCCUGAAGUUCUGAAGAAGCAGCUUGAGGAUGAUUGUUACUACGUUAACAGGAGGAAACGGUUAGUGAGACUUCCGUGCCAGACCAACGUCAUCACUAUUUUGCAAUCCUACGUGAAGCACUUUGCUGUCAGUGCGGCCUUUUCAGCCAGCGAGAGUCCUCGUCCCCACCACGCUACGAUGCACCCGCACGUGACCGUGCGUCACAUCCCAGCAGAGAAGAACAUUGACCUUUGUAAGGAGAUGGUGGAUGGAUUAAGAAUAACCUUCGACUACACUCUCCCGUUGGUUUUGCUCUAUCCACAUGAACAAGCUCAGUAUAGAAAGGUGACUUCGUCUGAAUUUGUUCUUCCAGUUAAGGAGAGUGCCACCACUCCUAACAGGAGCCAGGAGGAGCUCCCUCCCAGCCAGCCUUUGUUGAAGCCGUCCACCCCCAAAAGGCGCCAGGCCGAGCCGGCAGCGCUGCCGUCCCUGAGGCGGCCCACGCGCCACACGGCCAACUGCGACAGGCUGCCGGAAAGCAGCGCGUGGCCUCAGCCCGAGCGCCCUCUGCAGGACACGUCGGCUGGCGUGCCCCAGCCGUUCCUGCGCCUGGAAAAGAAGACGCCUGCGCACAGCGCAUCGUCUCUGCCUGCUCCUCUGACUCCGGACAAGGGAGGGAGUGCUGUGUUCGCCGGCUUUGAAGGGAGAAGAACUAACGAAAUGAACGAAGUCCUCUCCUGGAAGCUCGUGCCCGACAGUUACCCCGCAGGGGACCAGCCGCUUCCGCCGUCUUAUAUUUAUGGGGCACAACAUUUGCUGCGAUUGUUUGUAAAACUUCCAGAUAUCCUUGGAAAGAUGUCCUUUUCUGAGAAGAAUCUGAAGGCUUUGCUGAAGCACUUUGAUCUCUUUCUGAGGUUUUUAGCAGAAUACCACGAUGACUUCUUCCCAGAAUCGGCUUAUGUCGCCGCCUGCGAGGCGCAUGACAGCACCAAGAACCCCAGGGCAGUUUAUUAAAGCGUUGGACAUUCUUUUAAGAGCAGCUGCACCGCUUCGCUUUGCUCUCUGGGUCCCAGAAGAACUAAGGAGACUCUGGGCCUGCUCUACACAGCGCAAAUGCGACGCCCACCCUGGCUGCUCUGGCAGAGGCGACCUUGUUACUUGAGUUGCCCACAUACUAUAGUUAUUUCUGUUAAGAAUUACUUCCUAAGUUCCUGAAAAUGCUCUGACAUGACACCUGCCACUGCACAGGCCAUCUGUGAUGGCAGGAAAAGAGCAGCUGUGUUUGCAGUGAAACAUUCCUGAAAGUGUCCGUAGGUCAGGCUGUUCCAGUACAUGAUGCCGUUAGUUAUUAGUGAGAACUACGUUGUUUAGUUAUUUGUUAGCAUUAAACAAAGUUGUUUGCAAACUCUUUUCAUGUUUGUAAUGAGCCUGAGCAACUCUGUCCAAUGAAUCUUAGUUUAUACUUGGAGACUGUGAAGUAGCCUCAAAGCAUUUUAGAGGGAAUCGAUAUUGAUGGCAGAAGAAGACUUGCAGCUAUACAGUUGCCUGUCACAGUUUCCUCUCUGAAAAGUUAUUUUUGGUGAUCUAAAUAAAGCAUUGUCUGUCUCGUUUGAGAUUUUACAGCUA